AUGGAAUUAACAGGAGGUUCUGAAACUCAAUCUUUUUUUUUAACUGACCGUUCUGGUUGUUCUAGUUACUUUGAAACAGAACUUACACCAUCAUAUGAAGAAUAUUUUUACAAUGAUGGUAUAUUACAAAAAAAUCAAAUUUCAACUGAAAAAACUGCUUCGUUGUAUUCUUCUGUAGAUGAUGAUUCUUGUUACUCAAAUUGUGAUACAGCAACUCCAUUUAAUGAUGAUGAUUUUUUGUUAAUGAAGAAGAUAGAAAAUGACUCAAAGACAUCAAAACUCCACAUAUGUCUUUAUGAUGGAUCUAAAUAUGUAUUAAAUCUUAAUGAAAAGAAAAAAGAUGUUAAACAAACUAUUGAAGAACCACAAAGUUCAUAUUGUUUUGGAAAUAAUUACUAUUGUGGUAUGACAAAAAAUUCUUUAAAAAGAAACGUAAACUCCCAAUAUCAACUAAAAGAUUUGGUUAAUUAUAAUUUAAUGAAAGAAGAACAAAAGGUAUCUCUUCAACUUGGUUGUGUUGAGUCACAAUAUGUUUUAGAUACUAAAAAAAAUUAA